AUGACAGUACAGGAAACUGAUACUGAUUUUUAUGCUCUUUACGAUUCUGGCAUGGGCGAUGAUUUUAAAAUUCAGAUGUUACUGCCAAAUGAUGUAAAAUGCGAGUUUGAUGUAGUAGCAAGCAUUCCACUGAAUAUGAGCAAAGAUUACCCAUUUGUCUCAAAAUUUUAUCAUUAUAAACUGAAAUCGGGCUAUUCGAAAUCACCGAGUUUCCCAUAUCUUUGCCAAUAUUUUAUGCGUGUGUCACAAUCGAAAUCGUAUCAACCAACAUAUCAUUUUGAAGACAAAACAGAGCGCAUGCUUGAUACCAGGCAACAUUGUUACUACAUAUUUUCCUUACAUUUUGAAAAAUCUGGGUGGAGCCAUCUGUCCACCUGUCCGGGUGAAAGUGUUCCAUUAUUCCAUCAGUUAUGGCGAUUCACAUAUUUAAUAAUAGUGAUGAAUAAAUUGAACACAUUCAGUUCAUUUAUCACACAAUUUCUACAACAGAGCAAGGAAUAUAUUGACUAUAAUGAUAUGACAAAAAUUUUUAAGCAAUGUUUGAAAAAUAUAUGUUUAAUUCAAGACGAAAUUUCUAGUAAUCCAAAUGCGAUCAGUGCACUCAUCUGUAUGUUUGGAUUAAUGGAAAUAAAUACAUCAAAUAUUACACCGGUUUGUGAAGAGGCAAAAAGUUUAAUAACUAAAGUUCUACGUGCAUUUCUCACACAUAUGGAUAGUGUACUUGAACAAUAUCGAGAUCAUAUCGAUUGUGGUUUGAUUAAUUUGUUGUUUAUUGAAAUUUUGACAAAGGAUAUUGACGCCGAUAUUGAUACUAUAUCAAUAUUACGUAAAAUACCGAUUCGCCAACAUGAUAUUGUAGAGCGAUUGAUUCAAAAAUUAUUCAAUAAUAAACCGUUGAUUAAACGAGAAAACUGGUUGGAAUUAUUUACAUUGAAAAAAGACAAAAUAGUUCCCAUUGAAUGUCUACCAAUGAUUGCUACAUUGAAAGAUUAUAUGACAUAUGUCACCUCGAUCGUAUCGCAGGAACAGGAUAAAAAUACAGAAGAAAAUUUAAGAAUGGAAUUAUCAUUGACAUUUAAUGAUUUAUUAAGUAAACGUCAGCUUGAAAUUAAUUGUCGGAGUAUUAUUUAUAUACUGAAAGCAUUAUACGAACAGAUCAACGAUUCGUUGAUUGCACGCAUCAAUCACUACGUAUUUGAAAGUAGUGAAGAAUUACGAAUACAAAUACAAAAUUAUCUUAUUUCAUCUGAAGCGUUCAGUCUUGAGCCGGAUGAAAUUAAUGAUUUAUUUCGAUAUUAUAAUCCAUAUAUAUUAGAAAAAGUCGAUGAUAAAACUACAUAUCUUGUCAGACAUUUGAACAGAACAUCAACAGCUAAGAGUAAUAGAACAAUUGAAUUUUAUAUCAAAUGGUUUGAAAAUUUCAUAUGUGAUCAACAUUAUACGCAAACCACACAAGAAUUUGAAAACUUUCAACGUUUAUUUGAUGCAUGGCUACAACAGAUUAAACAAAAUUCAUCAUCAUUCGAUAAUGUUCUAAAAUCUAUUGAUCAAUUAUUAAAUAAACUUUCUUGUUCUGAUAAACGAAUGAUAUAUGUUGUAGAAUCAAUACUGACACUCUGUUUUGAAUCGAAAAAAAUGGAAGUAAGCUCAAUGAAUAUCAUAUGUGAACAUGUAAAAAAUAAUAAUUUUCUAAAUGAAUACAAGAUAAUAUAUAUGAAAACUAUUAUUGAGCCAAAUAUUAAUAAACUGAAACAAAUGAGUAUCGAUAAUCCAUUGUAUGAACUUCUACAAAAUUACAAGAUAAAAUCUAAUGACAUAUUGAAACAGCUCAUUGAAUUAUGCAUAAAGAAAAUCACACUUGAUAAACAUUAUGUAACAAAUGAUAUACUCGUGGCUGAUCGACAGUCGUUCGUUUCUACGAUUUUAUUUGAACCAUGCUUCAAAGGAACAACAGUUUAUCAAACCAUCAUCAAUCUACUUCUCGAACAGCUGAACACAUGGGUAAAGGAUGGUUUAAAGUAUGAAGAUUUGCAAAGAGUGUCACGGUAUAAUGAUAAUCAAAAAGUAAAUUUCACCAAAAUUUGGGAUGAUGUUAAUUUGUAUGCGAAGGACAAAACUGACGUUACCCAGUUGAUUAAAAGUACUGUUAAAGAAAUGGAUGAUAAAAUAAAAAUAAUCGAUGUAAUUGAUGUAUGCCUCAAGCAAUACUGUUCCAAUUCAAGUGAUAUUGAUGCAUACAAAUUGGCCUUGAAUGAUGUAACCAAAAAGAUCAAUGACGAACCGAUUCGAUCAGUUAAAAUUUCCGAUUGUUUAUUGCAAAUACUACCAUUUGCUAUUGAAAUUAUCCCGUAUGUAAAAUCCACGACGUGGCACCGAUAUCAACGUAAAAAUUCUAUUAAUCAAUCAACAUGUCUCACCGAUAUGAUUGCGAUAAGAAAUUUGUUUAAAAGAUUUCAUGAUGAACUUGAAAAGGUCUCAUUCCAGUGGCAAACCAUGACCUUGGAGCAAAUUGUUAGACAAUUUGAAACCAUCGGCUCGUCAAUUGAUACUGAAUUAAAUCUACUGAAAACACUCAUACCAUCUUUGGGAUUCAGCCCAAUAAUACACUAUUGGAAAGAGCGAGAUUACAACAAUAAAGUGUGUCAUGGAUGUUUAAUAAUCAUCUCUUUCUAUCAGCUAUCCGAUAAAGAAAAUGAUUAUUAUCUCACUGUGUUCAAUAACCUUUUGUCAUUGACUGAACAAACUACUGGUGAAUUAUGUUAUCAAUACUAUCAAGACUACUGUGAUAAAUUUUCCUCCCAACAUACAAAACUACUUCUUGACCUAUGUGCACGAUAUUAUACUGCCAAUGAAUUGAUCAAUUUUCUAUCGAAUCGAACAGAAAAUGAUAUGAACAAUUUGCGAGAGGGUGCUAAUGAUAACGAUGACACAAUGAUCACAGCGGAAAAUGUCGGUGAUUUUGAACUGUUACAUUCGUUUCUUCAUCGUAUGAAACAAUCUAAUAUUCUCACAUUCGAUGAUUUCAUUCAAACAGCCUUACCAUUAGUCCACACUGACCGUACCAUUGUACAGAAACUUGGAGCCUGUACCUCACUUCUGUCUGGUCUUCAACAAUUGUUUCUGGAAUUGACAGACAAACAAGAGUCGAAACGUCGGAUAAUCUUUCUCAUUGUUGCACAAUCAUCCAUUCAAUUUGAGAAGACGUCACAAAAGAAUAUUGAUGUUUGUAUCAAUGCUGUUGCAAAAUCAUCGUCGUCUAAUGAUAACAGUUUCAAUUAUCUGGAAAUAUGUGAAUUACGUGAUCGUGCACGACUGAUCGAAUAUUCCAAUAAUCAACAAAUGAAACCGACAACGGAAAUGAAUAAAGAUUUGGAAAUAAAAAUGUUACAUGAUUUUGUUCAAUUUGUCAAUGUUAUUGAAGAACUCUUAAAACAGUUGAAUGAAUUAGCUAUGAUGGGUUAUCCAACUGUUGAACAAUUGUGCAAUAGAGUAUUUGAAUGUGUCAAAUGUAACUAUUCAGAACUCGAACAAUUUUCGUUCAGCACUUACGAGAUUCUUGGCAAAUGGAAAGGAAAAGUAAACGAAAUAUAUAGAGUGUAUCCUAAUUUAACCUAUUUUUUCGGUAUACAAUUCUGGAUACUGGAAGAAUACUUAUCACAGAUGCGUACAUUGGACGAAAAACAUCCUGGUUAUCAUCUACUGAAAUAUCUUGGAAAUCCAAAUUUAUUUUACUAUCCGGCUUCGAUUCUCAACAAAAGUUUGAAUGCUGAAGAACGUUUGGAAAAUGUGGGUAAAACAAUUACCGAUCCACAAUUCGAUUCAAAACAACAACAAACGAGCAUUACUCUAGCGACCAAAAAGAUUCUUAUUGUUGAAACAUCCAAUCAAGGCCUUUAUCGUGGCAUCAUAUCGUUGGCUCGUAGUAACAUCGACACAUUGCGAAUGAAUCAAUUAUUAUUUUGUACGACCGAUACAACUUGGAUUGAAAUUCAAUCAUUCAUCUAUCGUUGCAUGUAUUCCACAUGCGAUUUUCUGUAUCAAAUUGUUCAACCAGAACUGUUAUCAUUUUACAUUCAAGAUCAGGCGUGUCGUCUUAUUAAAGAAUUAAUGGAAGAAGAUGAUACUAAACAAUUUCAUUUAGCACUUAUCACAACCGAUAUUCGUAUCCAUUUGGUAAAUGGUCUCAUUUAUACAGACACAGCAAAAUUUGUACACGAUACCGAACUAAUCAAUGAAAACCAAUUAACGGAACUUAUUCGACGAAAAGUGAAACAUUGUCAAGUUUAUUCAUCGAAAAUAACUGGACAAGGUAAGACAGAAACAAUACAAAAGUUUAUUCAUCAAUUGGGAAAGAAUUGUGUGAAAUUUCCAUUGUCUGGAGAUUUGAAUCUGGAUCAGAUUGCCAGACGUUUGCUCAAUUAUGGACCCGUAUUGAAAACUUUCGCCAUCCAUUUCGAUGUUGGUGUGGUCAAUGAUAUUAAUCUGUUGAACAAAGUGUUAUUUUCAUUGUGUUUUCUUCGUAGUUAUUGUUUUUCAGACACAUAUAUUCACAUACCCGAUGAAACUAUGUUGUGUUUCGAAUUAGAUUCAUUUUAUUAUGAAAAUGAACAAUAUGAAAUCAUUCUAUUUAAAUAUCUGACAGAUACGGUCACAGUCAAAUUCGAUUUGAAUGAAAUAAUUUUGAAUCCAAAAAUAGAGUUUGUCGCCAAAUAUUUAAGUGCAAUUGAAAAUAAAACCAUUCAACAUAAAGAUAUAAAUUUAGAGGAUGUUGAUACGAUUGAUAAACACACUUGCAUACGACUGUUGAGAACCUAUUUUCUCAAAGAUAAAAAUAAAAACUAUCUCACGUGGACACAGUUGCAUAUAUUUAUAUCCGUGUUUUAUACGUUAUUCAAUGGAUUUUCAAAAUGUGGUUACUUUCUCGUUGAUCUAAUACCCACACGAAAUCUAAGAAUGGAUAUUGUGAUGGCAUUGGUACAAUCAGCCAAUCAAUUUACUAUAAUGUCUGUUGAAAAUGUUCGUAAACGACAACAGAAUCCAUUGUUACAAUACUCCAAUGAAACGCUGACAGAUACAAUUGUCCGCUGGUCGGAAACACAGCCGUUUACACUAGUAUUCACUGAUACGCAUGACCCGAUCUUUGUUUAUAAAACAUUGAACGAUGUUCCAAAUGCAUUGAUACAGUAUUUGGAAAUAUAUCAAAGAUCAGCUGGGAGGCAAACGAUGAAUGAUGAAAAUAUCCGAUACGAUUUACGGAUAGCACAACUACUUGAAACAGAAUAUGUGAUUACUGCCGAUAACUUCAUCAAAAUGUUAUUGAUCUAUUUGAGAGCACAAAGUGGACUACCAAUAUUAAUCAUGGGCGAAACAGGUUGUGGAAAAACGGCUUUAAUCACAUUUUUAUGCCAAAAGAUUCUAGACGAUGAAUUGGAAGUCUUACGUAUUCAUGCCGGUUUGACAAGUUCGCAAAUCAUCGAUAAAAUGGAACAAUUCAUUGCAAAAGCCACUACAUUUAUCGCUCCGAAACGGUUAUGGAUAUUUUUUGAUGAAUUCAAUACAACAGAAAAUAUCGGUCUAAUUAAAGAGAUCACAUGUGAACGAACACUACUGGGAAAAUCAUUGCCGAACAAUCUGGUCCUAUUAGGUGCAUGUAAUCCAAGUCGUAUGAAAAUGAAACGAGACGGCAAUGCUGUUGCCGAUGGCAAUGAAAUUGGCCUGUCUAUUGAUCGAUAUGAAAUGCAACAACUGACAAACGGUGAUCGACUUUUAUAUACAGUCGUACCCAUUCCGGAAACAAUGAUUGAACACAUAUGGGAUUUCGGCUUUCUGACACCACUUGCCGAACGAAAGUACAUUGAAACAAUUAUCGGACGAUGUGAAGGUGGCUUGGUGGGAGACAAAAAUUGGUAUAACACGAUAGUGACUUUAAUAUGUGAAUCACAGAGCCACAUGCGACGAAUGGAAGAUGUGUCCAGUGUCAGUCUCCGUGAUGUUGUUCGCUAUCGUCAGUUGUACAACUGGUUUCACAAAUCCAUUCGGCAUCGAAGAGUAGCAAUACGAUCUCCAUUGACAGUCGAAGUACGAGCAGCAUUAUUGGCCUUAUUAUUCUGUUAUUAUCUUCGUUUAUAUUCGUCUCGAGACAAACAACAGUAUCGUGAACUAUUAGAAUCUAACUUACCUGAUCAUCUCAAAAAUCUCAAUAUAGAAAAGUUACUAGAAGAUGAAGAAAAUGAUUUUAUUAAACGUAUGAUCUUACCGCGAGGUACAGCAAAAAAUCAUGCAUUAUGUAAUAACAUAUUUACCGUAUUGAUCUGUAUCAUCAAUCAUAUACCGAUUAUCGUAUGUGGAAAGCCCGGCUGUAGUAAAACAUCAGCUGUACAAAUUGUGCUCAAUAAUAUAAAAGGAAAAAAAUCCAAUGACAAAUAUUUUCAAACUCUACCUGAACUACGACCAGUAUCGUAUCAAGGUUCAAAAACGUGCACAUCAGAAAGUAUUGAAAAAGUAUUUGAACGAGCAAAGAAAAUUAAUGAAAUUAAAUCAGAUACAAAUCUGCUAUCGGUGAUUGUAUUUGAUGAAAUUGGUCUAGCAGAGUUAUCACCAUAUAAUCCACUGAAAGUCCUCCAUUCAGAAUUGGAAAUUGAAAAUUGUAAAUAUGGAUUUGUCGGCAUCACCAAUUACCGUCUUGAUGCGUCCAAAAUGAAUCGUCUCCUAUUCUUGGCUUGUCCCGAUCCCGAUGUGGACGAUCUAAGUCUGACUGGUCAGAUCAUACGCAAUAGUCUUACUGACAACACAAUUUAUUUGACUGAUGAAACGAUGUUGAAUUUAGCCAAUGCCUAUUCCGAUUUAUUCAUGAGUUUGAAACGGGAGAAAAGAAAUGAAAAUUAUUUUGGCUUACGUGAUUAUUACUCGCUGAUUAAAGGAAUUGUAAAAGAGUUUGAUGAUGAAAUGACCGAUGAAUUUGCUCAAUCGAAACAAUAUGAAAUUAUUCGAAAACAAAUGAAAAUUAAUUUUGACGGUAUCAUUGAUGGAUCGGUGUACAUGUGGAAAAGUUUCUGUGAAUAUUUGAAUAGAAAUGAAAUGAUAAACCACUAUCAACCGCCCCAUGUGAAACAGUAUAUUGAUCAUAGUUUGUCACAUCGAAAUGGACGGUAUUUGAUGUUGAUAUCGGAAACCGAAAGUCUGUUUGAUUAUAUUGAACGUUAUCUGAACAAACACGAAAAUAAUGUUAGAACACUCAUCGGCAGUCAAAUGUUGAACGAUUUGAAUAAAGAAUCGUACGGAUAUCGUGUAUUGAUGAACAUUAUUCUGUACGCUGAAACCAAUAUCACAUUGAUAUUACGUAAAAUGGAUCAUUUAUAUGGAACAUUGUACGAUCUGUUCAACCAAAAUUUUUCACUAUAUGGUGAAAGAAAAUAUUGCCGAAUUGCACUAGGUGCCACGUAUCAUCCACGAUGUUUGGUCAAUGAUCAGUUCUACUGUGUCAUAUUGGUCAAUGCAAAAGAUGUGGAAAAAGCAGCUGCCCCAUUUCUGAAUCGAUUUGAAAAGCACGUUAUUCACUUUUAUGAUCUGGUAACAUCACAGCAAUUGAAAAUUACCGAUACUUUAUUAAGUUGGAUCAAUAAUUUGUUACAUUUACAAUCAAUACCUAAACAUUUUUUAUUGGCCCAACAUAUGAUUGUGAAUUUCAGUUGCGAUUAUGUGUGUAAUCUAGUCCUGGAUGCAUGUGAAAAGUAUGGUAGCGACAAUGAAAUUGAUGAAAACAUGGUUGCUGAAUAUUGUGUUGAACAUUUUCUUCGUUCAAGUACACAAGACUUUCCGUUGAUACUCGCUUUAAAUAACAAUAUACAUGAAGAUUUGAUUGCAAGAUAUUACCAAAUGAAAUCUAAACAACACUUUCGCCAACUGAUACACGAAACAAUUGUAUCAGUUAAGCAAAUCAUAUAUACAUACACACAAAUAUACGAAAAAAUCAAUUAUCCAACCGACUCUGAUGAUACUAUAGAAGAAAUUAAACUGGCCAAUUUUACAUCUGAAUUAGAAUUAACAAAUAAACUGAAACAGUUUAUUCAAGCCACAAAUGUCAAAUUUUUAUGUGUUCGUGUCGAUUAUCACAAUGAAAGACAGCAUAUUCUCACAUUGAAACAUUGUGUAAUGAAUGUAUUCAAUGAGUUUGUUCAAGGCGGACAACAACAACAGAAGACUGAUUUAUCGUCGAAAAAUAUUUGGAUUUUAUUUCAUCUACAACGAAAUUUAUUGAACAAUGAAAAAAAUGAUGUUCUGUUCAAUGGAUGGUCAGUCGAUAUGAUAGAUGAUUUAAAUGAGAACAGUGAGAAAGUACGAAUUACAGCAAAUAUUCUACAAAAUCCAACAUACCAAGAUGUUAUGAAAGACGCACAGUAUUCUGCAUCGGGCUUUAUGUUUCCCGAACUGCUCGAUCGUUGUUUGUCCAAAUUUCGUUACACUAUCACGAAUACUUCACUACAAAUGAAUAUCAAUACGCGACGUGAUAAUUUGUUGCAGUCAUUGAUUAACGGACAAUUUCAAACGAUCGUAGGUGAAAAAAUAGAAUAUUUGAUCAAAAAUUGCCAACAGCAGUUGUUCUCAUCCGACGACUGGCGAAAAGAUUUGAUCAGCAAUGGUACAAUUGCUGCUACAAGUCGAUCAUUUCAACACGCAUUUCAAUUGACACUGACCUAUUUUUAUGAUACAUAUUUUCUCGUUUUAUUUUCAUAUCUUGAACGAACAGCCAUGAUUGACGCUUACCUGUUCAUUCAAGAACAUGACACUAGUGGUUUAUACAAUCAAAUCUGGUUACAAUGUUUAGAUUUGAUCAUUGAUAAAAUAACAAACUUAACUCGAUUGAACGUGAACGAAUAUAUUGAAAUACCAUUGGUGUUCGGUUUACAAUUUCCUUAUUCACCUGUUGAAUAUAAAAUUCUCACACAAAUAUCAGACGAUCUUCGUGAUGAACGCAUCAAUGUGACAAUGGCAUUGAAACAGUUGGAAAAGAAGAGUGUCUAUUUACAAGAGCAUUUCUAUCCUCAACACAUAAUGACAAAUGAUUAUCUAUUUCAACAGUAUUAUCACGAUCAAAUUCUUUUAUUUCUAGACCAACAUAAAAUACAAUCGUUGAGCGUUAAUUUUGUUCUUCAAUUAUUGCGCAAUUAUCCUACACCCGAAGAUAAAACGCAAUAUUUUCUCGUACAUCGUAUGGAAUUACUUCAGUUGCUGCAAGUAUUUGAAAAUGGUGCUUGCCUACUAAAUAAUGAUGAACAUGCAAUGAUGAAUCUCAUUGAUCAGUCCAAUUUUAUUAUAGAUGAACAGAAUGUACAAGAACAACGACGAAAUCUAUUCACAAUGGUACUUGCCGACAAUAAACAAUAUUAUCAAAUUCUACCAGAAUCAUCGGAAAAAAUCCUUUUUGACUUGUCCGAUGGCGAUCCGUUUAUUGAAAACAGUCUCAAUAAUCUCAUUCAUGUCAUUAAAGGUUUUCAUGUUAUUCAAAACUGUAAUGACAUCUCAAAUCUAUCCACAAUUUAUAAUCGUAUUGUUCAAAGUAUCAAAAGUCUCGAUCGAUAUUUGGUGAACAAUUUGGAAGAGUUGCAACCGCUAAUUAGUCUUCUGCAAGCCAUUGAGUUGUUAAGUAGAAAUCCAUUGGAAACAUUUCGAUCCGUAUUCAAUUAUAUAUCCCAAAAUGUCAAUAUAUUUCAAUCAUGUCAACUGAUUCAUGAAUUUAUUCAAUUUUUACGUAAUAAAAUAUGUCAAGAUAGCGAUAGAGAUGAUCAGUCGAUCAAUCGAAUAAUGACAAAAUUGGAAGCAGAAUUAUUACGAAACUGGAUUAUUGAUCAUCAGACGAAUUAUUGUGAACUAUUGGAUAUGCUGAAUGAUGAUACAAGUCAUUUGUGGAGAUACGGAGCGAAAAUUAUGUCUUACAUUGAUCGAGAAAUUUUACAUUUAUGUGAAUCAGUGACAAAUGAACAUGGAAAAAUUGAAUACACCGAUAUGUUAACCGAAUUGGAACACUACUUACAACAGCAAAAUAACGGCAAUAAACUAAUUAGAAUCUAUACAACUUAUAUUUAUAUGAAUUUAAAAUUAACUGUGAGUAAAAGUACUAUUGAUGAAACACUCACACAUGACUACAAGUAUUUUGAACAAAAUUUUUUACAAUUACAAGAAUUGAUAGCUCGAUCUCCUAAUCGAUAUGUAUUAUUGAUCAGUUUGAUUGCAUGGCUAAAAUUUUAUUUGGAAUUAUAUGCAUAUGCUCUCAAUCAAGACUCAAAAUCGGACAUAAUGAAACAAAUUGAUCAGUUUCUUUGUAAUCAAUCAUCUGCCAUUUUGUUAUGUUCAUCUCUGAAGAUAUUUAUUGUCAAGCAAAUGUUGUAUUUUACUAAAGAUAAGAAUAUCAAUCAUUUACGAACUGCGUUCAAGAAUCGUAAUGUUAAAUGGAUAAACGAAUUUCUUCGACAAGAUGCCACCAGUAAUCAAUUACCGACAAUCGACAUGUAUUUACCAUUUUUUUCUUUAUCCAGUAUCGAUUAUGAUAAUGUCAACAGCAUAUUGAAAUCAAAGUCGGUAGAACGAAUAAAAGAUCUGAUGAUAGAAUGUCAAAAAAAUAAUCGUCUCACCUAUUGUUUUUACAUUUGGUUUAUCCAAUAUUAUUCACAAUUUUAUACCAAUUCGCUAGUAGUGGACAAACAAUUUCUCACAUUCAUCGAAGACGAUCUGAAAACAGAUCUUUGUUUUUACUUUGAACCGAUUGGUUAUCGCUUUAUUCUGGAAUUAUGCAAAAAUUUCGAAAGAAACUCAUAUUUUCAUUUACAUCCAGAAAUAAUCAGUGAACAAGUUCAUUAUCGUCUACUUGCGUUAAAUUUAUUUGUAUUAUUACUGGCAUCACGAUCGUUGUCAUCCACGGAAUCCACGUUCAUGAGUAGUUUAUUGUUUAAUGAAACAAAUAAAAUACCAGUCAGCUAUGUACAGCAUAUUAAUCGACGUUGCCUGUUGGGUUUAUAUAUCGAAGAUCGAGUGGUGAAGCAAAUGUUGUAUGUAAAACAAUCUGUUCAAGAACGCUUAGUUACCGGACAGAUAUACAUGGAAGAUGGACGAUUUAUAUAUCGAUGUUCGAAAAACUGUUUUUAUACUUAUUUUUUUGAUAACUGUGGUGCACCUGUUGCACGUACAAGGUGUCCUUGGUGUAAUGCAGAAAUCGGAGCACAGGCUCCCCAUAUUUUACUUCAACGUUCACCACCGCAAAUACAAAUGUCUAUUCAAGAUGGGUUUCAGUUUAUCGAUGAAUAUAUUCAAAAUUUCAAUAGAACAGAUCGUUACGGUUAUCAUAAUAGUACAACGGCUGAACAUUCCACCGUUAACGAAAAAUAUGAUCAUUUGAAUAAGACAAUGUCCUUUCGAUUACUUCAUAUGUUCACACAUUCAAUGUUAAUUUUAUUAUAUGAAAUGAAAUAUUUGUCUGAAACCGAUCUCAUUGAAUUGACCAAACAUAAAAUUGAUACCACAUCAUCAGUGAAUGUUUAUUUAAAAAAUCACUUUGAGAAAGAUUGUCAAUUGGUAUAUGAAAUUCUAAAUAAUAAAGAUCAUACUGGACAUAUUUGGCUAUACAAACUAUUCAAUCAUACUCUGGAUAUUUUACAAUUGCCUGGAAUAUUAAAUACAAAUAACAAUGUGAUCCAUUUUGAAAAACAAUUUGAAGAAACUGUUUUAUUCUCUCAUAUUGAAUCGGUAAUAACGGAAAUCGAUGAAUAUAAAACGAUCUAUAUUCAAUAUGUACGACAAAGAAAAUCAGAAGAAUUAAAUGAUUUCAUUGAUGAAUUGAUAGAGAACAAUGAAAAAUAUCCAUUGUUACAAUAUUUAAAUGUAACUAAUACCCAAUGUACAAUCGAUGAUUUCAAUUCAAAAUUACAAAUGACUGUACGUGACUCUGAUCUGUAUUAUCCAAUCACAAGUUUCAUUCUUCGACGUUUAAACGAAUGUCAAAAUAUAAAACAUCUGUUUCCGAUUGUCCGUUUUACAAAUUAUUUACUACAAAAAUUUAAUCAUCGUAUAACACGCAAUGAUGCAGCCACGUAUCCCAUUGCAUUUUACUUAAAUAAUACGAAAGAAAAUCCGGAUGAACAUGAUCAACGUCUAUUUCGUCAAUUAUUUGACGAUUUUAAAGAAGCAUGGUUUCAAUUGAAAUUGGAUGAAGUAGCCUAUGGAUGUCAAGUACGACCCUUUCAUUUGGAUCCAAAUACAAAAGAUGGUUUUGAAAAGGAAACAAAAUUAGCCUAUGUAUUAUUGAAUACAACUAAAGAUGAUUCAUCAAUUAUUCUAGCUGGAUGUUUAAUUAAAUUGGCACAAUAUCAAAACGAUAUUGUUGGUCAUUUUAUACAGAAAACAAUAAAUAGUAAUGAUCAAAAUACAAGACAUAUACAACAACAACAAACAAUUCAAAAUGUUAAAAAUGAACAAUUAUUUCAAAUGGAUUCAGACAAUUUUCUUCAACUUCUGUAUGAUGAUGGUUUUGUUAUCGAUUACAAUUACGGGAAAAGCAAAUCAAUUCUAUAUGAUUUUGAUGAAAUAGAAAUUAAACUCAAACAUUUAAUUGAACAUUUAUGUGUAUUUGAUUUGACUAAAUUUACAUUUCUUAAUUAUCAACAUGAACUGUUCAAUGAAGAUUCAACAUUGAUUACCGAUAUUCGAAAUAGAAUACGCCAAGAAUUAUUGACAAAUGAUGAAAAAGCGAAAUUACAUCUACUGUUGACAAAUAUGAAACCGGAUGCUAUUUUACAUUAUAUCGGAUCACUCGAUUACAUAUUUACAUACCUGAGAAAUUUAAUAUCCGACGAUAAUACAAUGACAAUUCAAGUAUUCGUUGAAAAAUGUAUUAAAUACAAUACGAAUAUACUUCGACAACAGCAACUGUUUUCCACAAUACAAAUCAAAUAUAUUAUCAGUUUGUAUGAACUAAUUGAAGAAAUUGUAUUUGAUAAGAUCAUGAAAAAUUAUAUAAAACAGGAACUGGAUGAAAUUUCAUUUACAAAACAAGAAAUUCAAGAAGUAAUUGAACAAUUUUCAAAGGAAACUUAUUUGAAUGAAAAGAUGUCACAAUCAAUGCGUGAUGUAAAUGUUUGGAUCAACGUUUUGAAACGUCUUAUUAUUCGUAUACUGAUACCAGUUGUAGAUUUGUCCAUACCCAUUCAAAUGUAUUUACAACGAAGUGAUCUGUGGAAUGAAAAUGUAAAAGAAAAUGAUCUGGACAAUAUUGAAAUUGGUCUAAAUAUUAUGUUAAAACAUGCGUAUAUAAUAUUUAAAGGUCUCAAUGAAAACGUCAAUAAUGGACAAAAACCAGAAGACGACACAAACGAUAGUGGUAAUAAUGGAGAUGAACAAAAUUUGAAUCAAGUGGCAUGGCAUGAACGACAAUAUGGACGACAAAAUACAACAGCAAAUAAUACAACGACAACAGUCACAAAUCAAACAAAAAAGAAGAAAGCCCGAUAA